AUGUCUACGCUUUGUUUGUGGAGAGAUCCAUCAGAGCUGCAUCACAAGCGACAAUUUUUUUUGGUCUGCCAUAAGGGCGAACGCGCAAAGUGGCUAAACGAUCGCUCCAUCCCCGUCAUUCAAGUUGUCCAGAAUAUGGAGGUCUUUUGCUGCGAAUCACAGGGACAUACUGGCGAGUGGAUUCGUCCCUCCAAGCAGAUGCUCUCAAAUGCAUUUGGCGAAGAAGCCAGCUUGGACAUCCAUCUUGUGAUUGAAAGGAUCCUUUCGGAGGGCACUGAGGAGGAGUAUCACAAUGCCGCUAGCCAUCUCACCAGAAUUGGGUCCUACAAUAAUCCAAAUCUCCAACGUUAG